AGCGCCCCCGAAGAGGGAAGAGUCGUUUAUCCACGGUAUACGAACAUCAUCGUUUGUCAAUGUUUUAAGAUGGCGGACGCGAAUGAGAAGUUGUUGGCGGAACUCCUGAAAAAGCCUGGAAACAACGUGUGUGCAGAUUGUGGGGCUAAGAACCCAGAAUGGGCAUCUUACAAUAUCGGUAUAUUUGUUUGCACAAGAUGUGCCGGUGUACACAGAUCCAUGGGUGCACAUAUAUCAAAAGUGAAGCACUUAAAGUUAGAUAGAUGGGAAGACUCCCAAGUGAAUAGAGUUCGUGAAGUAGGCAAUGCUGCAGCGAGACUACAUUAUGAGGAACGUGUGCCCUCUUGUUAUCGUAGACCCAGCCCAGAUGCUCCGCAGGUUUUAGUGGAACAAUGGAUAAGAGCAAAAUAUGAGAGAGAAGAGUUCUGUCACCCAGAAAGACAGAACCACUAUGUGUCAGGAUUUAUGGAAGGGUUUUUAAUGAAACGUGGGAAGGAGGAUUCGCGUUACCAUCCUCGAAAAUUUGUGCUCUGUGAAGCAGAGGACACACUCAAGUAUCACGUUAAAGAGAACAAGGAACCCAAAGCUGUUUUAAGGAUAUCGGAGCUAAACGUAGCGUUCGCACCACCUAAAACCGGUAAUCAGAACAGUCUUCAGCUGUCCUUCAUGAAGGAUGGCACGACGAGACAUAUCUACGUGUACCACGAGGACCCAGAAGUGAUCACAAACUGGUACCUUGCGAUCAGAUGCGCGAAGCUGCACCGCUUGCAAGUGGCGUAUCCCGGCGCGAGCGAAAACGAAUUACUGUCGCAACUCACGAGAGAUUUUCCACGCGAGGGCUUCCUGUGGAAAACCGGCCCGAGACACACAGACGCUUAUAAGAAACGAUGGUUCACUCUCGACGGUAGAAAGCUUAUGUAUCAUGACGAUCCCAUGGACGCGCAUCCGAAGGGCGAAAUCUUUCUAGGACACAGUUCCGAAGGUUUUGCCGUAAAGACGGGCGUACCGCCGGGCGCUAGAGACCAAGGAUUUUCAUUCACUCUCGAAACACCCGACAGAACUUACCUGCUGUCCGCGCAAAGCGAGGACGACAGGUUGCAAUGGAUGAACGUCAUGCAGAAAGUAAUUGAUAAGCCGUUAACGCCACAAGACGCAACGAUAGCGGCGAGACUCGUGAGAAAACGCACAGCUAGCGGAACAAUGAAUAUAUUUUCGUCCACGAGAUAGGGUUGGAUUCCUCUUAGACGUCUUUCUUAAUUGUUCAUCGAUAAUCGUAUCGAAUCGAAUCGAAUCGUAUUAUCGAAAUAGACGAAUAUAUGACUCAGCGCACGUGUAAGGGGUAGGUACGGUCAUUUACUCGUCUUAUUGCCGUUGAGUCAUGUAUUUAUUCGUAUAAUUGCGCACGAUAAUGUAGUUUACAUAGAAACCAUACGCAUAAGACUGCUCGAAGAAGUUGAAAAAAAAAACGCGGACAAACUACAACAAGCGCCAACUGCUCCUGAAUCAACAAUUCUUGCAUUGUGAGAACAAUGCUUGUAUCGUAUACCGUCGAACGGAGCACAGGCACGCAGUAUCGUAACAAUAUUACAAAGAAUUUUUACUUAGCAAUAAUAUUGCGCGUGAUACUUGUCUCUCUAACGACCGGGGGGAGCAUCGAAAGAAAUUUUCUUCCAGAAAUUUUAAUUUGAUUUCCUGUCGGUGGAGCAAUCUGUCUCGCGCGCGCGAUAGCAAAGGCUGGCUUAGUGUAGAGAAAUAUUUCAGUGAUCGCUCGCGGCAAAAUGAUUCGCAGUAUUUUCCUUUUCCUCUCUUUUUAUAUCUCUAUUUCUUUUCCAGUUGAUUCGUUUAAACUUUUACGAUGUAAGGGCCGCAAAUUGAUAAUCGAUACACUCUGUACAUAAACAAUAAAUUCUGAGGGCCUAUCACUC